AUCCAUAUAGGCCUGGAAAUGAAAGUAAAUCAUUUCCUAUUUUGACAUUCCUGCCGACCAAACGGGUCUAUGAGCUUUAAAACUGGGAAAAUAGCAGAGCAGACCAAUUUAUCAGCUGGGAUAUUUGGGCUCUUGGAUUGUACUAUAGUCUUAAAGAUGGAAGCAGAGAGUCAAAUGAGGGAGAUAAAAUAUGCUGCUGAUAUUUCGUCUAUAAAGGAAGCACAGGCACGCAUCAAGCCGUUCAUACACGAAACUCCAGUCCUGUCCUCUGAAACUUUGAAUCUUCUUUCAGGAAGACAGCUGUUUUUCAAAUGUGAAUGUUUCCAAAAGGGUGGCGCUUUCAAAUUCAGAGGCGCUUGCAAUGCCGUGUUUUCACUUGAUGAUGAUCAGGCUGCUAAGGGGGUUGUAACACAUAGCAGUGGUAACCAUGCUGCAGCAUUGUCUUUCGCUGCAAAACUACGGGGUAUUCCUGCAUAUAUAGUUAUACCGAAAAAUGCUCCAAAAUGCAAAGUUGAGAAUGUCGUGCGUUACGGUGGCCAGGUUAUCUGGAGUGAGCCAACAAUGCAGUCGAGGGAAAGUACUGCAGCCAAGGUACUGCAAGAAACUGGCGCAGUUCUUCUACAUCCCUACAAUGACAGGCGCAUAAUAAGUGGCCAGGGUACCAUAUCAUUGGAGUUACUGGAGCAACAAGUUCCACAUUUAGAUGCUAUUGUAGUUCCCAUAAGUGGAGGUGGCUUGAUAUCAGGUGUGGCUUUAGCUGCUAAGUCCAUCAAUCCUGCCAUUCGAGUUUUUGCUGCUGAACCUGAGGGAGCUAAUGAUGCAGCUCAAUCCAAAGAAGCUGGAAGGAUAAUAACAUUGUCUGAGACCAACACUGUAGCAGAUGGACUUCGAGCUUUUCUGGGAGAUCUGACCUGGCCAAUUGUAAGAGAUCUUGUCGAUGGCAUUGUAACUGUAGAGGACAAGGAGAUAAUAAAUGCAAUGAAACUCUGUUACGAGAUUCUGAAGGUUGCAGUAGAACCUAGUGGAGCAAUAGGCCUCGCAGCUGUUUUAUCUGAUAGUUUCAAGAACAAUCCUGCAUGGAAGGAUUGCACCAAUAUAGGAAUCAUUCUUUCUGGAGCAACAAAAUAAAUGAGGUAGUCAACUCCAUUUAUAUACAUUUGGGACCAUUAAGAUGUGAUUGGGUCCUGCACAGGUCCAAAGCAUUAAUGAAGCAAGAUGACUGAGGAUGAUAGGCCUUUGCUAAUUGUGCAAGACUGCAAGUCAUUGACUCAUUGGUCUUGUAUUGUAUUUGUCAGCGACUUCCAAAACCUAACAUUCAGAUUUUAUGGUCAAGCUCAAGCAUCUUGUAUAUAUGCAAGUCACAGUUGUAAGGGAUUUAGACAUGUUUAGCCAGUGACUCAAUAUAGUACUCAAGUUCUUGGUUCUUCACUC